CGCCUCAGUGAACUUUUACAGGGGGAACUGUCAGGCCUUAUCAGACGGUCAGAUGGGAAGUUCAAGUUGAGUUCUAAUACAUCCAAGUUCCUCCGGCAAGGUCAAAUCACCACUGUACCUGACUUAGCCCUCAAGUUCCAAAGCCUCAACCCUAGCACUGAGUGGCAGGACUUGUUCAUUGUUGAGGUCUCCCACUCCCAAUCACUUGGGGACGUCACCCAGAAGGUGAAAAAGUACUGGGAGGAGCUCCCCCACCUCCAACCUUGGCAAUGUAAACAAUGUUGA